CACCACCAUGCACCAGGAUGCUGUGCUGCUCAGGCUGCUGCUGCUGUGGACGGUCGGAGCCGCCGGGCAGAUGCGCGCACACGCCAGAUCAAAGCUUGAAAUGUCUCUAACAGAAGGAUCCAGCCACGAAAUUGGCAGAAACAUUGUAAAGAGAAGUACAGACAUGACUAAAACAUGGGACACAAGGUCGGAGCAGCUGCUGAGGAUAGAGGACCAUGACUUCUCCAUGCGACCAGGAUUUGGAGGGCCUGCUGUCCCAGUUGGGGUGGAUGUUCAGGUUGAAAGCCUGGAUGCGAUUUCUGAGGUUGACAUGGAUUUUACCAUGACCUUCUAUAUUAGGCAUUACUGGAAAGAUGAACGUUUGUCCUUCAAAAGCAAAACCAACCACGGUAUGACUUUUGAUGGCCGCCUAGUCAAGAAAAUCUGGGUCCCAGACAUGUUCUUUGUCCACUCUAAGAAGUCCUUUAAACACGACACCACCACUGACAACGUCAUGCUCCGGGUUUACCCCGAUGGCAAAGUCCUCUACAGCCUCAGAGUAACAGUUACAGCCAUGUGCAGCAUGGACCUGAGUCGCUUUCCUCUCGAUACGCAAACGUGCUCGCUGGAGAUCGAGAGCUACGCGUACACAGACGAUGACUUGAUGCUGUACUGGAAGGAAGGGAACCGGUCACUAAACACGGAUGACAGAAUCUCACUGUCACAGUUCCUGAUCCAGGAGUUCCACACGAGCACCAGACUGGCCUUCUACAGCAGCACAGGUACCAACGCCCCGCGGACACUUCUCCUCCAGCUGAGGUUCCAGAGACGCUGCUCCUUCUCACUUCCUACCAUCCUGUCUGCAGGCUGGUACAACCGUUUGUACAUCAACUUCACUCUGCGGCGUCACAUCUUCUUUUUCCUGCUGCAAACCUACUUCCCUGCUACCCUGAUGGUCAUGUUGUCCUGGGUGUCUUUCUGGAUCGACCGCCGGGCCGUCCCUGCCAGAGUUCCCCUCGGAAUAACCACGGUGCUCACCAUGUCCACCAUCAUCACUGGAGUCAACGCCUCCAUGCCCAGAGUCUCCUACAUCAAAGCUGUGGACAUUUACCUCUGGGUCAGCUUCGUCUUUGUCUUCCUCUCCGUCAUAGAAUAUGCGGCGGUCAACUACCUGUCCACUCUACAGGAACGCAAGGAGAGAAAGCUGCGAAAUAAGCUGCCGUGCACCUGUGGCACGGCUGGUCCCGUCAUGAUGUCCACCAGCUACAGCGAGGUGGACGCCAACACCACCGGCCACUACGGCAUGCCGCAGCUGAACGGAGCGAGGCAGGAGAGGAUGCUUGUGGAACUGGCGAUGGAGAGUGAUCAGUUGACGGGACACGUGGGCUCGGGGGCCUACAGCAGCGCCUGGAUCGACACACACGUCAUAGACAAAUACUCCAGGGUCCUCUUUCCUGGCUCUUACCUACUCUUUAACAUCAUCUACUGGUCUAUCUACUCUUAACACGGAUGUGUCUCAAACAGGGAGACGUUGGUCUGAACACCCGCAGAAGCGAGAA